UAUUGUAAAUGUCUUCUGCUACACGCAUUUAUCAUGCAUUGCCCAGUUACUUGUAUUUAGACAGUUAGAAAUGUUAGUAUAUUUUAGUCUAAGCUAAAGCUCCUUAGCCUCGCUAGCUGACCUUACGUUAUCAACAAAGAGACUCGUCAGCUGCUAUAUUUGCUGCUGUACAUAUUCGGCUGGCGCUCACUCUCCAGCCAUAAACGUUAAGUUAAACCGUUGCAUGGAUAGUUAAUGAGGAUGUACUUUGCGUGAAAUGCUUUUAAAGCAAGCAACACAUCGUAUACAUCGGACAUUAGCUAAUGCUAGCUAGGUAGCUGCGGGCUGCUUUAGCAGUAGCUCGAGCGGUGUGUUGGAACACAGUGGAAGGUGAAUGCUGAGCAGAUACCCGCAUUUGCUGCCUUAUAAAUAAUAUUAAAAGGGACGUUUUAAGUUAGAGUUUUACACAUUUUCGCCAAUGGAAGUUUUAUAAUUCAAUCGUCCGUUUGUCAGUGUUUAGCUUUAGCAAGCAAACACGUUUGGUCUGUUCACCGUACACAAGGCCCCGGAAGCGUUUUGAACCACAGAUGAAUAAUAGAGGAUUAGAAAAUGCACCUGUUGGUUGUAUACCUGUUACGCAGUUCAGUCAAACAUCCUUAUCUUAAAUACUACAUAUUUUAAAGUUACGUAAUUGUGCUUUUUUUUUUGUUCCUUUUGUUUUGUAUGUGUUCCAACACAACGUGCAUAAUGCUAAUUCUGUAGCUUCCACGUUGGAAAACAAAACAAAACACACACACACACACACACACACACACACACACACUAAAUCCAGUCAGGCUGGAAUGCAGGUGUGUCCACGAAGAGUACGAGGGGUCACAAGCAGUUUUAAUGACUAUGAUAAGAACGUGAAUCAUUUGCUAGAGCCUGCAUUCACAUCUCAGUCAACCCAAACAGUUUGUAAGCUCCUGGAGAGAGAUCAACAAAUGUUAGUAUUUCCUGUGAUUUUGUCUGUACAUUUUAAUGUCUGCACCACACACUGAAGUAAACAUUGUCUGUUACUUAGUGGGAUAUUUUCUAGUAGAGAACCUCCACAUGAUACUUACAUUGUUAGUUUAAAGAGCAUAAUACUGUAACUAAUGAUUGAGGUUGUUGGACAUUGAUUACCCUGUGUUUUAAAGCUUUCAGGCUUGGAUCCGGGGUCCUGUGCCAUUUUUCUUGAACUCAUCAUUUACUGCUAUCAUGGCUGCAUCCCUGGUUUAGCGAUUUGUUUUUGUCUAAAUUAAGGAAUUGGCUUCGGAUGGACUAAGUUUUGGAUUGGAACUAGGAAUAGGAUAAGGACCGCUUCUACGAGCUAUUUGUGAAAGCAAGAAGUGAUCUUAAAGUCUGCAGGUGCCCCCCCAUUCUGUGUCAGCAGUUCCACCCACUCAACCACCAUGUCUGAUGGCCGGAUCUAUGUGGGGAAUCUUCCCGUGGACGUCCAGGAGAGAGACAUUGAGGAUCUCUUCUACAAAUAUGGAAAAAUUCGCGAAAUUGAAUUGAAGAACAAUAGAGGCACUAUCCCUUUUGCGUUCAUCCGAUUUGAAGAUCCACGGGAUGCAGAUGACGCUGUCUAUGGAAGGAAUGGAUAUGGAUAUGGGGACUCCAAGCUUCGUGUGGAGUAUCCUCGAUCCUCUGGUGCUAAAUCUGGUCCCAUGGGAGGCGGUGGAGGAGGAGGAGGAGGAGGACCAAGAGGAAGGUUUGGACCCCCAACUCGAAGAUCCGAAUUCCGGGUCAUAGUAACUGGUUUACCACCAACUGGGAGCUGGCAGGAUCUGAAGGAUCAUAUGCGCGAAGCAGGCGAUGUUUGCUUUGCAGAUGUGCAGCGAGACGGAGAGGGCGUGGUGGAAUUUCUCCGCAGAGAGGACAUGGAGUACGCGUUACGCAGAUUGGAUCGGACUGAGUUUCGUUCGCAUCAAGGCGAGACCGCUUACAUCCGCGUCUACGAGGAGAGAGGUACUCCGAACUGGGGUCGCUCACGUUCCCGUUCCAGAUCCAGAGGGCGCUAUUCGCCCCCAUACCGAGGAUCUCCCCCUUCACGCUACCAGUCACCUCCACGCCAUGCUAUGUCAAGGCAUAGUCCACCCCCCAGGAGGCACCCUCCACAGCACAGCCCGCCGCCUCGUCAUUAUCGGUAGAAAGGCUCGCCAACUGCAGAAGGAAAUGGAGGAAAUGUUUUGUAAUUCAGCAUUUUAUCUUUUUUUUUUUCUUCUUUUUUUUUUUAACCCCAGGCCUCCUCGUAGGACACACCGUUGUUAUUUCUUUCAUACAUACAUUCCAUGAUCAGAAACCCCCCCUGCCCCCCUGAACCAUGUCCUCCUCCCUACAGCCUUAAAGAUUUUUUUAUUUUCCAAACAUCCACGUGUUAUUUGGAAGGUUGUUUGAAUUUGUUUUUUUUCUCCUUCUUCGUGAGAUAUCUGUAUUUGGCGAUGAAACAAGAUAUUGGAUCCUGGAUUGUGCUGUCAUGUUUGACAGGUACCAGUACUCCUGUCUGAUGUUAUAAUGUCCAAAAUAAAUUGUACAUUUCUGCAGCUAUCUGAUCAAAGGUCAUACUGCUUCUUAAAUUGACAAAAUUUUCCUUUUUGUGUGUCACAUUUCCGUAGCUUUAAGUAUGACGUUUUUUGCCAAUCUAAGAACCUGUGAAGCUAAUCAUUAUUGUAAAAUUAGUGAGCCUUUUAGAGUAGUGACACAUGUUGACUGUGAGCCUCUCCUGUUAUUUUUUUUAUUUUUUUUUAACGUGUGAACCGCUGACCGAGGUGGCCUGUAGGUGGACUAUAAUUUGUAUGCAUCUCUAAUGUUGUUGUUUUUUUUUUUUCUUUAUCAAUAAAAUGCAAACUUUUACUGUGACAAUUUA